AUGAGGACGUCCCUCUUUCUCUUUGCCAUCUUCUUCUUUCUGGCCCCAGCCAGGAGUGGAUUUCUUGAGGACAAAUGCUACAAGCUUAAAGGGAGAUGCGUGGAGUCCUGUCACAUAAAUGAAGAACUUGUGGGUCUCUGCCGGAAGUCUCUGAAAUGCUGUGUGACACUCCAGGCAUGUUGGAAAAGUUGGUCCCCUGUGAGGAGGCAGCCCCCUGAGGAGGGCACUGUCUUCCAGGGCUGCUUCCAGUCAGAGAAUAAGCACAGGGCGGACCCAAAGCUGGGCCGUGUCUGCUGA